GGAACCUGGCAGGGUCACCCCCGUACCAGAGCCCUGGAGCAUGGCUGUGUGGGGCCUGGGAGGUCGCUUUGGCUUGCGCGGGUGCUUCGACGCCCUCAAGCUAUUGUGUCCCCGUUUCCAGAGCCGCGGCCCCCAGGGCAUGGAAGACGGGGACAGGCCACAGCCUUCCUUGAAGACAUCCAAGCUCCCCAAGAUCUACACCAAAACAGGAGACAAAGGGUUUGCCAGCACCUUCACUGGAGAAAGGAGACCGAAAGACGACCAGGUGUUUGAAGCCGUGGGAACUACAGAUGAAUUAAGUUCAGCCAUUGGGUUUGCUAUGGAAUUAAUUGCAGAAAAGGGCCACCCGUUUGUGGAAGAGCUUCAGAAAAUCCAGUGCUCCCUGCAGGACGUCGGCUCUGCCCUGGCAACACCGCGCUCCUCAGCCAAGGAGGCUCACUUAAAACACGCCACGUUCGAGGCAGGGCCCAUCCUGGAGCUGGAGCAGUGGAUCGACAGAUACUCCAGCCGGCUGCCCCCACUCACGGCUUUCAUCCUGCCUUCGGGAGGCAAGAGCAGCUCUGCACUGCAUUUCUGUCGGGCCGUGUGCCGCCGAGCCGAGAGACGCGUGGUGCCUCUUGUCCAGGCCGGUGAGACAGAUGCAAACGUGGCCAAGUUCUUAAACAGACUCAGUGACUAUCUCUUCACGUUAGCCAGAUACACAGCCAUGAAGGAGGGGAAUCCAGAAAAGAUGUACAAGAAAAAUGACUUGUCGGUCCGUGCCUGAGGCGCUUGGAAAUAAUGGAAAAAGGGAGCUUUGCAGACUCCUCCACAGUGACAACGGGAAAGGAAGACUUUGUCCUGAUUCCUGAAGAUCUCACCUGGAGGGGCCAGAAGCUGCUCUUUUGUCCAGACUCGGCUUCCUCUCAGAGCCCCGCCACUUCCUUCAGGAGCUGAGGCCGGUGGAGAAUUCUGCCCCCCUCCCCUGGGCUCUCCUCAGCCUUCCAGGAGGUGGGGAGAAACGCAGUGUUGCAGGAAAGAAAGAUAAAGUGAUUCCUUCACUGAGGAGCCAUGAAAGAAUAAAAGUGGGAAAGGCU